GACACAAACAUUACUUAAGCAACAUUGUACUGGCGAGAAGCCACCGGAUCGUAGCCUGAACUCACCGAGAGGAACAAAUAAAGUAAACAUGGCUCUCAGAGGUGCUGUGACACGUUUGCUCUCAAACAGCCAGAAAUGUGCUGCUGUGACUGUGUGCAGAGCUCAGGGCACAGCUGCUGCAUCACCCAAAGACUCAGAAGAAGUCAAAAAGCCUGCAAAAGCACCCAAGGUGUCGUUUAACUGGCGGGACGCUCUGGAUCUGGAGGGUCAGCUGACGGAGGAGGAGAUCAUGAUCCGGGACUCCUUCCGCGACUACUGCCAGGAAAAGCUCAUGCCCCGCGUCCUCAUGGCCAACAGACAUGAGCACUUCCACCGUGAGAUCGUGUCAGAGAUGGGAGAGCUGGGCGUCCUGGGCCCAACGAUUAAAGGUUACGGCUGUGCUGGCACCAGCUACGUGGCGUACGGUUUGAUCGCCAGAGAGGUGGAGAGAGUGGACAGCGGGUACCGCUCCGUCAUGAGCGUGCAGUCCUCUCUGGUCAUGCAUCCCAUCAAUGCGUACGGCACCGAGGCCCAGAAGGAGAAGUACCUGCCCCGGCUCGCUCGUGGGGAGAUCCUGGGCUGCUUCGGCUUGACCGAGCCAAACCACGGCAGCGACCCCAGCAGCAUGGAGACCAAGGCCAAAUACAACCCGUCCAGCGGCACCUUCAGCAUCAGCGGAGCUAAAACCUGGAUCACAAACUCUCCGGUGGCGGACGUCGCAGUGGUCUGGGCCAAAUGUGAAGACGGCAGAGUGAGGGGCUUCAUUCUGGAGCGCGGAAUGAAAGGCUUCUCCACGCCCAAGAUCGAGGGCAAGUUCUCCCUGAGGGCGUCGGCCACGGGCAUGAUCCUGAUGGACGAAGUGGAGGUUCCACAGGAGAACCUGCUGCCCAACGUCUCCGGGCUCGGUGGUCCUUUCGGCUGUCUGAACAACGCCCGGUACGGCAUCGCCUGGGGCGCUCUGGGAGCGGCUGAGUUCUGCUUCCACGCGGCUCGACAGUACACACUGGACCGAAUCCAGUUCGGCGUGCCGCUGGCCAGGAACCAGCUGAUGCAGAAAAAGAUGGCCGACAUGCUGACAGAGAUCACCAUCGGCCUGCAGUCCUGUCUGACCCUGGGGAGGCUGAUCGAUGAGAAGAAAGCGGCGCCGGAGAUGAUCUCCAUGAUGAAGAGGAACAGCUGCGGCAAGGCGCUGGACAUCGCCAGACAAGCCCGGGACAUGCUGGGAGGAAACGGCAUCUCCGACGAGUACCACAUCAUCCGUCACGUCAUGAACCUGGAGGCCGUCAACACGUACGAGGGAACUCAUGACAUCCACGCCCUGAUCCUGGGCCGAGCCAUCACCGGCCUGCAGUCGUUCACUGUGGAAAAGUAAAAGCUGUCCGUCCUCGUCCUGAAACGGAGCUGCUCUGGGUUCAGCUCUCCUGUCUGUCCGAGCGCGUCUUCACACCGGAGCUGCAAAUAAACGUCCCUCGCACUCGGAGCGAUGGCUGAUGGGAAGCAUCACAAAUACCUCAACUGGCUUCAGUUUUUCUAAAUGUGGGAGCAGAACGGUGUUUCUGCUUGAGGUCAACCUAACAAAGCUUUGGGUCCAACUGCGGUGUGUGUGUGUGUGUGUGGUUAAAUAUACACUGAGUGUGUGAAUGUGAGAGGAGUGGCAGUGUGAGAUGGGAUAUAUUUUGUGAUAAUGUGUAAAUAAAAGGCUUGGAGUGAAUGUGAAGAAGUGAUGCGUAUGUGCAGAUAUCAAACAAGUUUUUUGAACAGGUCAGAAUAUUUUACAUCGAUGAGAAAUUCUGAAUCAAUGGAGAAAAGUGGACAUGACGCUGUUUUCAUUUAGAAAAUGACCACUCUAAUCUAUUCUACUUUUUGGUUGUACUUCUACCUGUCGUCGCUGUGGUGGCUGGUAGAAUUAACGAGUUUUUAGUGAGUUUUCAACAUCUAAGAAUUUCUAUAGUCAGGUCAAGUGUAAAAAUGUGAAAUUAGAUUCUGCAGAACUGAUGUUCUUUUAGAAUCCAUUCAAAGAGAAAAACUGGAGAGAGAAUCCUAAAUCUUCACUGUAGUUUAUCAUGUGGCCUGUACUGAUAAAUAAUGAUGGCACAUAAACAGGUUUGUUGAUUUUGUUUAUUGAUCAAUCUGAACAUGAAUAAAGUCUGAAUUCAGCUUUUU